UCACAAAAGUAAAAUAAAACACACUAGACAUUUGAUUCUUUACUACGUUACAGAUUUUGUCUGAAUAAUAAAUGAUCUAAGCAGGCAUCUAAGUGAUUAAAAGUAUGAUCUAUGGAUCGGUAUCUUUUCUAAGGUUAAAAAAUAUUUUUAAUGUAUCGAUUGAGUAUUAGGUAAAAAUACCAAAUUUAGCCGUGACGCAUAAAUGUUGACCCUGGCACAACACUAUCCCCACUGACUGCUAUGAUUUUCAAACAACGUCAGAAAGAUAAACUUGUCAGUUGAAAGUAAUCGGUGUUUGUGUUUUGAAACGUUAUUUUAAUAUAAAAGUGUGUUAAUUAUGUCUUCAUCAGAUUCGGAAGACGAUUGUUACGGAAAUAUUGCGCAAAAGUUGCAAAAGAUAAAGAAUAAAUUCGAAGAAAAAGAUGAAAAAGAGGACGAAAUUGUUUUGGUUGACACUUGGGAAGUCGAAAACACGGCAACAAAAUCCAAUAUUGAGGAUAAUUCUUCUCUAAAUUUGACUGUAACUAGUACUGAUAAUGAAGAAUAUACUUUAGACGCGAUCAUAGCAGAUAAUAGCAAACGAAAAUCAGGUCGGGGUCGCCCGCGAAAACGAAAAUCAUCAGAUGUCGAUUUUGAGCCGGAAGAGUCAGUGACAGUAAAUAGGCGACAAGCUCGGAAAACUAGGUCAUCGUAUAAGAGGAAAGUAAAUACACCUAAUACUAGUGUAAUAGAAGUGGAGGACAGCCCUCUGCCGGCACCGAGAGGCCGCGGUACAGGCGCUAGAGCGCGAGGCAGAGGCGCCAGGGGGGGGCCAAGUGGAAGAGCCUCUGCUAGAGGGAGAGGGCGUCCUCCUAGAGCUUCCCCGAGAGGCAGGACCUCAAGCAGAAGAAGUAGAGGAAUCAACAGCUCCCAACAGAUCAUCAAUGUUGGCAACACAUAUGAAUACCCCGAUGAAUGUGAAGAAAUAGAGCUAUUCUCUGGCAAUAACGAUAUCACUAUAGUUGAUGAACAAGACCCCUUAGAAGAUGAUAACGAAGAAAUGUCAGUGAAAGUCUAUUGGCAGAGUUUAGAUGUUGUCAAAUUUCAAAUAAGAAAGUAUCAGAAAUUCACACAAAUAUUCCAAUAUUUUGCUGAAAAAGAAGGGGUUAGUCACAACAAACUGUUGUUCAUGUACAAUGAUAAGAUUUUAAAGAUUGAUGACUCACCAGAAUCUAUAGAUUACAGUAUCGCUAAGUUUAUAGAUGGUGGUAUUGUUAAUAGGAAUGUCACAGAACUCGUGAAAGACAAAAAGAGCACACAUUCUAUAGGUAACGGAUUAAGGGUUAAAUUCCAAUGUCAGAAUACCAAGAAACCAUUUGAAACCUCAAUACCGCCAAACGAGAAUUUACUAAGAGCCAUGAGUAAAUGUGCAGAGCAUUUGGAGGUUCCCUUACAGAGACUAAAAUUUUAUUUUGAUGGAGAUUUGUUGACAAGUAAAAGCACACCUCAGGAACUAGGUUUGGAAGAUGGCGAAUGUAUAGAUGUUAAAAUAGGUAGCUGAUAUUAAAUUAUUUAAACAAA